UCCUCUAUUUAUAGCGGCCCCCAGCAUUUCCCGGCCCCCCCCUCCCCGGCUUGUUGUCCAACUUCUUGCGGAGCGGCUGGAGAGCAGGCGGCGGGACACGGCUGGGAAGGCCACCAUGGCAGAGCUUCAGGAGGUGCAGAUCACUGAGGAGAAGCCGCUGUUGCCAGGACAAACGCCGGAGACUGCCAAGGAGGCCGAGUUAGCUGCCCGAAUCCUCCUGGACCAGGGACAGACUCACUCUGUCGAGACACCCUAUGGCUCCGUCACUUUUACCGUGUAUGGCACCCCUAAACCCAAACGCCCAGCGAUAUUCACCUACCACGAUGUAGGACUUAACUAUAAAUCUUGCUUCCAGCCACUGUUUCAGUUCGGGGAUAUGCAAGAAAUCAUUCAGAACUUUGUGCGGGUUCACGUGGAUGCCCCUGGAAUGGAAGAGGGAGCUCCUGUGUUCCCUUUGGGGUAUCAGUACCCAUCUCUGGACCAGCUCGCAGACAUGAUCCCUUGCAUUCUGCAGUACUUAAAUUUCUCUUCAAUAAUUGGAGUUGGUGUCGGAGCUGGAGCCUAUGUUCUGUCACGAUACGCUCUGAACCACCCCGACUCAGUUGAAGGCCUUGUUCUCAUCAACAUCGACCCCAAUGCCAAGGGCUGGAUGGACUGGGCAGCCCACAAGUUAACAGGCCUUACCUCUUCCAUUUCGGAGAUGAUUCUCGGACAUCUUUUCAGCCAGGAAGAGCUUUCUGGAAAUUCUGAGUUGAUACAAAAGUAUAGAAACAUCAUCACACAUGCGCCUAACCUGGAGAACAUUGAACUGUACUGGAACAGCUACAACAACCGCCGGGACCUGAAUUUUGAGCGAGGUGGUGAGAUGACCCUCAAGUGCCCUGUGAUGCUGGUGGUAGGAGACCAAGCACCUCAUGAAGAUGCCGUGGUGGAGUGUAACUCAAAACUGGACCCCACACAGACCUCGUUCCUCAAGAUGGCUGACUCCGGAGGUCAGCCACAGCUGACCCAGCCAGGCAAGCUGACCGAGGCUUUCAAGUACUUCCUGCAAGGCAUGGGCUACAUGGCCUCAUCCUGCAUGACUCGCCUAUCUCGGUCUCGCACAGCAUCUCUGACCAGCGCAGCGUCCAUUGAUGGCAGCCGGUCCCGCUCCCGUACCCUGUCGCAGAGUAGCGAGUCUGGAACUCUCCCGUCUGGACCCCCAGGGCACACCAUGGAAGUCUCCUGUUGAACGACCCUUGUGGCCUUGGUGUGGAACCCAGCCCUCACCUCCCGCAGCACUAGCUUGAGAGGCGUACCAGGGCGCUGGGCCAGAGUACACAAGGAAAAUGGGCAGAUCAUGCAGGGAGACGACCUUGAUCUUUAAUAGCUACCCUAACCUUGACCUUUAACCUGUGAUUUCCUCUAGCUCCUAGGUGAGAUGUCCUAAUAUCUCUUAGAGGUCCAGGCCCUCUAAAUGAUCCCCUCUCCCAGCUGGGAGUUGAGAAGGCUUGUGUCUUCUCUCCCUGACCCAGGUGCCUGUAGAUGGG